UGUAUAUAACAAAAAUAGUGGAACGUAUUUGAUUUAUGAAAAUGGCGAUAUAAACAAGCCUAGACUGAAGGAGCGAGAAUGGAAAAAUAACAAAUUUCAUUUUGACGACGUAGCAAAAGCAAUGCUGACUCUAUUUACGGUAUCAACGUUUGAGGGAUGGCCUAACCUUCUUUAUGUUUCAAUCGACUCAAAUAAGGAAAACGGAGGACCCAUUCAUAAUUUCCGGCCAAUAGUUGCUGCCUAUUACAUUAUUUAUAUCAUUAUUAUUGCCUUUUUUAUGGUUAACAUAUUUGUCGGUUUCGUGAUUGUCACAUUUCAAAAUGAGGGAGAGCAGGAGUACAAGAAUUGCGAAUUGGAUAAGAAUCAACGUAAUUGUAUAGAAUUCGCAUUAAAAGCAAAGCCAGUGCGUCGUUACAUACCAAAGCAUGGCAUACAGUACAAAGUGUGGUGGUUUGUGACAUCAUCAUCAUUUGAAUAUUCAAUAUUUGUCUUAAUUAUGAUCAAUACCGUAACCUUGGCAAUGAAGUUCCAUAAACAACCCGAGUAUUAUACGGAAAUAUUGGAUGCAUUAAAUAUAGAUCCAAUACCAAUUCCAAAUGGUUCAAUGAGUAUUUAUUCUCAAAUGAAAUGUACGAUUGUAAGGGCAAAUAAAUGCAUAGAAAGCUAA